CAUUGUGACUGUGUUACCUUUGGGCAGACACAAUGCAAACUACAGCUUCCGAAACAGAGGACUAUCAUAAGUAUACCUCGUCAGACUUAAACAAAAGGGAGUCUAAUGACAAAAUGGUCCAGCGUUUACAAGGAAUAUUAAGAUGUUUAGUGAAGCAGCUCGAGAAAGGAGAUAUUAAUGUGACUGAUCUGAAAAAUAAUAUUGAAUAUGCAGCAUCGGUUUUGGAAGCAGUAUAUAUUGACGAAACCAGAAGGCUACUGGACACAGAAGAUGAGCUCUCCGAUAUCCACACUGACUCUGUUCCAUUGGAAGUAAGAGACUGGUUGGCAUCCACCUUCACCAGAAAAAUGGGAAUGAGAAGAAGAAGGCCGGAAGAAAAGCCAAAGUUCCGAAGUAUUGUCCAUGCUGUCCAAGCUGGAAUAUUUGUUGAAAGGAUGUACAGGCGUUCUUCCAAUAUGGCUGAUCUCACAUACCCAUCAUCAGUGAUAGCAUCAUUAAAGGACAUUGACCAUUGGUCCUUCAAUGUGUUUUCAUUAAAUGAUGCGAGUGGAGAACAUGCCCUUAAAUUUAUGAUCUAUGAACUGUUUACCAGAUAUGACCUUAUUAAUCGCUUCAAGAUUCCCGUUGCCAGACUUGUUUCUUUUGUGGAAGCUUUGGAAGUCGGUUAUAGCAAGUUCAGAAAUCCAUAUCACAAUUUGGUUCAUGCAGCCGACGUUACCCAAACUGUGCACUACAUAAUUCUUCAUACGGGUAUCAUGCACUGGCUCACAGAACUGGAAAUUUUGGCAAUGAUCUUUGCUGCUGCUAUCCAUGACUAUGAGCACACUGGGACCACAAACAAUUUCCAUAUACAGACAAGGUCAGAAGUUGCAAUAUUGUACAAUGAUCGGUCUGUUCUUGAAAAUCAUCAUGUGAGUGCAGCCUAUCGCAUUAUGCAAGAUGAUGAAAUGAAUAUUUUGGCAAAUUUAUCCAAAGAUGACUGGAGAGAUCUAAGGACACUGGUGAUAGAGAUGGUUUUAUCUACAGAUAUGUCUGGCCACUUCCAACAGAUAAAAACUAUGAGGAACACACUGCAACAGCCAGAGGGGAUAGACAAGUCAAAAGCCAUGUCUUUGAUUCUUCACGCAGCAGAUAUUAGUCAUCCUGCAAAAACAUGGGAUAUGCAUCAGCGAUGGACCAAUUUACUGAUGGAAGAAUUUUUUCGACAGGGUGACAAAGAGGCUGAAUUAGGGCUUCCAUUUUCACCACUCUGUGACCGAAAAGCAACGAUGGUAGCUCAGUCACAAAUAGGUUUUAUUGACUUCAUAGUGGAGCCAACAUUCACUCUACUUACUGACUCAACAGAGAAAAUCAUUAUUCCUCUUAUAGAGGAAACUGCAAAACAAGAUCAUUCUAUGUUUGAGAAAUCCAGCCUGAAUAAUUCAGAUACGGAACACGGUACAGACACGCAAAGAAAACCAACAGUACGGGUGGCGCAAACAGAAGGAAGAUCAACUUCGGAAUAUUCAUUGUCCACUGUAGACUUACAUAAUUUCAAAAAGAAUUUGGUUGAAGUCAUUCAGCAGAAUAAGGAAAGGUGGAAAGAAUUAGCACUUCAAGAACGAAAUUCAAAAUCAAUGCACAGCAAUGAAGGGAGUCAUGGAGGAGAUUAGCGAUGACAAAUAUGAAUUGAGGAUAUACAGCCAUAACAAUCUGUGGUAACCACAACAAAGAUCUAAGACUUCAGAUGCUGCCCUGGUUCAGAUAUCCCCCAAAGAAGAAAGCAACGCACAUAAAUUACCCCCUGAUUUUGGGAAGGGCUCCAUAUUGACACUGGAGAAAUUAACAUCUAUACUCACUUAUGUUCUCAGCAAAAGUUAGAAAACUAGGAAAGAACACAUACAGAGGGGCUGAUUGCUUGAUCACCCAGUAGUAAUUAUUUAUGACUAGGAUACACAACUUACGGACACAGUAAGAGCAUGUAAAUAUUAUGUGUGUAAAUAAUUAGUUUGUCGACCUAUGCACACAUUUUUUCCAUUUUUGUUUGUACGUCAUAUUCCCAAAAAAAUUUCAUUUGUCACCUCUAUGUGAAAAUCUGUUUAUUUUGUUUGAUUUCUUUGUCAACCUCAUUGUUUCAC